AUAUUAAAAAAAAAGAAGUUAUUAAAAGAAGAGCAACAUAUGUCGGAAAAUGAAACGUUCAACUUUGUUUUCAAUAUAUAAGGGGGUUAGGAGUACCCAAACAGCCAAACCUCUCAUUCCUCCCAAACAAUUAAUAGACGGGUAAGUUCUUGUGCUUUCUGGUAAGUUGCAACCAACCUUUCAUCUUCUAUCCUCAGAGCUCGCCGGUCUCCUCGGCAGUCAUUCAUGGCGUUUUGGGGUUUCGAGUUGAAAAAUGGAGAAUCUCUCAAGGUUACCCCAGGAGAAGACAUGAUCUUGCAUCUUACACAGGCAUGUCUGGGAAUCAAGCAGGGAAAAGAGAGUGAACCAGUUUGCCUAUUUGUGAAAGUUGGUGAUCAAAAGCUUGGGAUUGGAAUUCUUUCAAGUGAAAAGCUCCCUCAAAUAUCACUUAACUUGGUGUUUGAAAAGGACUUUGAGCUCUCCCACAGCUGGAAACAUGGAAGUGUCUUCUUUACCGGAUAUAGAGCAAGAAGUUUAGUUGAUGAGGAAGUGACUGAUAGUUCUGAUUAUGAAGAUGAUGAUAUUCCAAUUAGAGCUGCCAAUGGAGAACCUGAAUCUAAAGUGAUGGAAGCUGUGCGACUUGUUGCAGUUGAAGCUGGCCUGACAGGAAAGAUGAGGGGUAGAAGAAAGGAUGGAAACGGUCAAGAUGAGGAAGAUUCGUCCGAAUUUGAUGAGUCGGAUGAGGAUUCUGGUAAAGAUGAGCCCACUGAGAAUGGCGGUGAGGCAGGAAGCGAAGAUGGAGAUGAUAUUGAUGAGGGAGACAAUGAAAGUGAGGAUAAAGAGACACCCGAAAAGCCCGAAGCUGGCAUCAAGAGGCCUGCCAAAUCUUCCAAGAAAACACCUGUUCCAGAGAAGAUGGCAAAAUUAGUUACUCCACAUAAGACUGAUGGCAAAAAGGGGGGCCAUGUCCACAUUGCGACUCCUUACCCCUCUAAGCAGGCUGGGAAGGUGGUUCCGACCAACGCGGCGCAGGCGAAGGAGACUCACGAAUCGACUGCAGAGUACAGCUGCAAGCCUUGCAACAGGUUAUUUAAGACAGAAAAUGGAUUACAGUCUCAUAAUAGGGCCAAGCACAGUGCCUAAGUGAAGGUGGGUGGUUGCACGUCUAGUUCUUCCCAUGGCCUUUGGAGUGGAUCAAAGUUAGGGGAGACCUUAUUCAUGCGGUAGAUCUACUUUGGUUUUGAGGUUUAUCAGAUAGGAAAGUGGAACUAUCCUAAUUCUGUCCCCUCCACUUAUUGGUAGUUUGCGGUUACAAUUUCCCACUUAACAGUUGACACCUUCAAUGAAGUUUGACUCGUGCUAUUGCUACAGAACAAACAAGCAGUUUGUUUACAUUGAUUAAAUUAAACUACAUUAAAUCAGUCAACAGGUUACCCCUAAA